AUGGUGAAGCGCACAUUAGAUGUUGCUUUCUUAGAUCCUCUAUUGCCGCUAGCCGUCAGACCUACGAUAUACGUAUCGAUGGAGUGGCCGACCGGCGGGCAAGCACGCAAGGACUCCAAGUUUCUGUCUACAGUCGAAACCCCAAGGUGUUCUGAGUAUUUCCACGAGCCCAAUCAAGAAAAGUUUGCAGAACUACGGUUAUGCACAGGCAAGUACCACACGGAGCCUCACUAUGUCUGCCGCGACUGUAUCGCCGAGUCCUCAUCGUGGAUAUAUAAGCCAGGGCGGUCAUCGAAGCCGGAUGAAAAAGAACAGAUAGCCAGGAUCAUCCAAAAAGGUAGGGAGAAGAUGCUGUGUUCGUCAUGCACUGCCACUGCGAUUGCGCACCCUGCUCAUGACGGAUCUGGGUGCCGCUGUGAAAGCGAGUGGCUCUGCUUUGAGUGUCGCGAUGUUAUCAGUUGGAAGGGUCAACUUGAGACUUUUGACAUUCACAGCCUUGAACAGAACAUUCGCUGCGGGCUACUAGGAGAAGCCAACGAGGAGGUCCAUCUAUGCCCAGGAUGCGAAGGCUUCUUCACGGUCGUCCAAGACGGCGAGGCUAGCCACGCGCGUGUCUGUCUUGCCUGCAAAAGAAUCGGGUUCGAAAGCACGCAGCCCACCCGCGUCGAUCCUGUCGUCCAGGAAGACGCACCGUACCCGCCCUUGCGAAGCCCGAACUGGAGCGGGUUCCCGCCGCGCCUGCGACGCACAUCCAUCAUCGACGAAAGCGUCGCGCCGUCUGCAAACCCCUCCGCCUUGUUCGAGGUCGAAGACGCGGCAAACGAAGCGCCAGCCUCGCCGGGCGACAUCGCCAUACCCGAGUGGAACUUCCCGCGCUCGCCGCGCGUCAAAGUCGGCCCUCCCACGCCGGGCGCCCUGGCGCCACCGGAACGCGAAGUCCGCAAGCUGCUGCGGUUGUACGCGAGGUACGAUUUUGGAUGGUGUUGGGUCUGCGGCCGGCAAGGUCAUUCGAGUCCAAAUUGUCCGCAAUUACGUGAGGGGAUUUGCACCGAAGGCAGGAUGAUGGCUGAGUAUCUAGUCGCAACAAGGGAGGAGGACCGAAUAUUCGAGCGUGAGUGGAUGCAACGGGAUGAGAAAGAGGAAGAAGCUCAAGUUGUUACGAAUGAGGGUGGAGAGGGAGGUAAACACAGAGCAUUAGAGAUACAGUAG